AUGUCAUACUCGUGGAAUAACGCAACUGCCAUCGCAGGAAGAACAAGCCAGGCAUCUGGAGACAACUCCAGCAUCUUGCACACCAUGCUCGUCACAUUGGGCGCCUUGAUUGUUUUCGGAAUACUGGAUAACAUCAAUCCAUUGUGGAACACAUUGGGUCUCCAAUUACGUCAGGAGAGUUACGAACCUCUAGAGCCUCAGGAAUAUAUCACAAUUGAGAGUGAUCAAGAGGCUUCAGAUGAAAUCACACUCCCCAUGAUGCCACCGAAAGUACCCAGAAGAAAUACCAGGGGAAGAGGCUGCAAGAAGGCUCGGGAUGAAGAGCCCCCCAUGACACCAACAACACUGAGAAGAAGCAGCAGGGUUAGAGAAAGAGAAGCCAGAAAUGGACUUCUUACCCCUGUGUCGACUCCGACAACACCGAUGAGAAGUGCCAAGGCCAAGGGCAAAGGCAAGACGAAGAGCCUCAAGAACAAAUCUAUUGAUGAUUUUUUCGAGCCAGUUCCAAAUUCAACGGGCCAGAAGAAAGUGAUCAAGGGUAGAGAAAAGCAAAUCGUGCUUGACGAAUAUGAGGCUUUCAUGAAUGAGCCCGAGGAGGAGAAAAAAGUUAAGAAGUCAUCAGAAGAUGAUUUCGAUUAUGAGGGAUAUUCCACCCCAUGGACUGCGACACAGCGAAAGAAUGUCAGCAAGGGGAAGUUCGGAAAGACCCCAAAAGGAAAAGCGCAGAAGGGCAAAGCUUAG